CUGGUCUUAUGUCUGGUCGAAGUCUGGGCAAGGUCUGCAAAUAUACAUAAUAUGUUCCAUGAUAACGAACGUAUGAGAUUUUAAAUCUCAUGAACCCAUCUGCCACGCGUUUGGUAGCAGCACGAUCGCUUACAACAUAUGCUGUUAUACACAUUUCCGGUUUAUUACGGUAAUUCGUGGAUCUACUUUUUGGAUAAAAAAAAAUUUCCAAAAGCAGUUGGAUCGCAGAAAAAGCUGUUACAUAGUGCGGUAAAUUUGGAGAGAUCCUAGUUUUUCGAAAUUCAUCUGAAAAUAUAGCGGUGAACGUAGAAAAACUUUACAAAUAAUGAACUUCGGACUGGUAUAACCUUAUCACCACGGGCACAUUUCACCAUCUGUUUGCUCCGAAUUUUAUCACCUGUGUCUAUUUUGAGAUACAUAUUACCGAGACAGGACGAAUACAACAUAAGAAUAAAAAUUCUAAUGUUGCUACCUGCAUAACCCCUUUUUGGGCAUAUGUGAUAUUCCGUAAUUGACAAUUUUACGCAACACACCUUGACCAGAAAAUCAAAGUUCACAACCUAUCUCAAGGAUCUUAUGUUCCUCUAUCCCAUAGCCACUUGGGAAUUACUUUGAAUGCCUAUUUUGAAUGCCAAGUCUAAACGGUAUAGACCUAGAAGAAAAACACCAUAAUACAAAGUCAUUCCCUGAAUCGCAAAUUUCAAACUGACACUUGUUUGACAGGAAAAAAAUAAAUAAAAAACCAAACAAGAUUCUGACAGAAAGUCAAAUAUAUACACAGAAUAAUGUCUGGAACAUUAGACAACAGUAAUCCUGACAACACCUGCGUAGUUUGUUUCAAAAAUGUUGAGAUUUACAGCAUUGGAAUGUGUGAACAUCCAGUUUGUCAUGACUGUAGUACUCGCAUGCGUGUAUUGUGUUGUCAAAAUGAGUGUCCCAUAUGUCGUCAAGAUUUACCAAAAGUUGUAUUUACAAGGCAAGUCAAGCCAUUCCGACACUUGAAAAAAGGAAAUCUUUUGGAUAAAAGAUACAACAUUCAUUUUGAUGAUGAAGAGAUCCAGGAAAGGUUCACUAUGCUGUUGGCACAUUCGUGCGAUACUUGCCAGGAGAGACAAGUCUUCAGUAAUUUCAAUAGCCUGAAGGAUCAUAUGAGACAACAUCACAAGUUACACUAUUGUGAUUUAUGUGUGGAAAAUUUGAAGAUAUUCUCACACGAGAGACGCUGUUACACAAGAUCAGACCUGGCCCAGCAUCGCAGAAAAGGGGACUCGGAUGAUAAAAGUCAUAAGGGACACCCACUUUGUGAGUUUUGCGAUCAACGCUAUAUGGAUAACGAUGAGCUGUUCCGACAUCUACGGCGAGAUCAUCUGUACUGCCAUUUCUGCGACGCCGAUGGCUUGCAUCAAUAUUACAGUUCGUACGAUGAUCUUAGAGAUCAUUUUCUACAAGAACACUUUCUAUGCGAGGAAGGUCCUUGCGCGGAUGAAAAAUUCACACGUGUAUUUAGGUCAGAUAUUGAUUUGAAAGCACAUAAAGCUAGCAUUCACGGUAAGCAAUUAGGAAAAGCAGCUACUAAACAGGCAAGGACUUUAGAACUGGAAUUUACUUUAGCACCACGGGGUGAUAAUCGAAACAAUCGAAGAAUGCCAGGUUCUUCAACAUCCAGAAAUUCUAGGGAUCAUAACAAUAGUAGGGAUUAUAAUAACCGAGAUUUUAAUGCUAGAGAUUUUCAACAAGAAUCUGGUGCCGUAGGUGGCGUAGAUUACUUUGUAACUAGCAAUGAACCUACCUAUGUGAGGCAACCUUCAGUCGAUGUUCAAAGCACUGAAGAAUUCCCUACUCUGGGCAAUGCCACACCAAUGAUUCCGAAUUUUGGGCAAGCAAAAGGGAGGGGAAAUGUAACGAUUCGUAGCACAGUUAGAUCCAAAACGCUAGACGUAACUGACGAAAACUUUCCUGCUCUUGGACCAGAAUCCACUCCUAGUUCCACAAGCACUAUUUCGAAAACUGUGAACUUAAGCGUUUCAAGUUCGAAUAAACCCGGUCCAAGUACACUACAGCGACCACAAAGUUCAGCGCCAAACGUUUCAAUUCAUGUUAAUCAUAAACCAAAUGGUGUUGUAACAACGAGAGUAUCGGGUCCCAACAUAAGAAUACGUCCUGCUCAGUUAUCGCGAGAUUCUGAUUUUCCAGCAUUAGGUAACCCAGAACCUUCCACAAACUUGAAUACAGCACAAUGGACAAAAGUAACAUGUACAAAAGCCCCACAAAACGUUGUCCCAAAAUCUAAAAAAGUUGCUCCACCUCCACUGGCACCAUCACCCCCGAUAGCAUCUGGCAGAGAUUUUCCCAGCCUUUCAAAACCUCUGAAGUCCAAAAAACAAUCGACUCUUUCUGUUGUACCGUCCGUACCUUCAUGGGUCCAACCACAAACAUCUGAAACAAAUAGUGCAAAAGCUACAAGCGAUUUUACUAAGGGAAAAACCAAAAAGAAAAAACCUAAACAAAACUCGAGUAGCAAUAAUUCUAGUGGCAACGAAUCCAGUGGUUCUAAAUGUAACAUCAGUGCACCAAAUGUGAAAAAAGAUGCAUCCCCAAAGAAAGUAAAAGAAACGAUAAAGAAAGAAAGGGAAUCAUCUAAAAAUUCAUCCGACGAUUCCAAGAAAGUUGAAGAUGUCUUCCAUAGUAGUGGGAAUUCUAAGAGUAAAGUAACACUUGGAAUGAGUACAGAUGAUGAUAGAAAAGACAACGGACUACCUAAAAAAGAGAAGAAGAAAGCGAAAAACACUUCAAAUGCAAGUUCUAUGGAAGCCACAUCUGUUUCAGCAAACUCAUCUGAUGUAAAUACUGAUACAGGUGCCACUCUUUCUGCUACUGUCCAACGAAAAAGAUCGGAAUUGAAAAUCGAUAGUUUACAUUCAACGAGUGACAGAGGUACCAGUUUUGAAGACUUUCCAGCUUUGGGAACAGUUCCAAGCAGACCUCCUGGAUUUACGGAACCUCCUCCAGGGUUUGGAACAGCUCCAUCGCCACCGCCUGGAUUUUUUGUAACUCUCAAUAGUGUUCAGAGACCACAGAGCAAUGGUUUGACCUUCACAAAUAGUUCAGGUCAAAGUUAUUCAAUUUUGCCAAACAACGACAAGCAAGAAAGAGCCUACGAAUAUGUCCCACCUCCAGACUUUUCUAAGAGAAAUAUCAAUUUGGUCGCCAAGGUGAGCGAAGAACUUAGUAUACCUGAAGCAAUAGAAGAUUUUCGUUGUCUUAGUGUACUUUUUAGACAGGGCAGUUGCGAUCCUCAACAUUAUUACAGUCGAUGCCGUGAUUCAAUAGGUCUAACUGCAUUCGGAACAAUAUUUCCAGAACUGUUAGUCCUCUUGCCAGAUAUAAACAAACAGCAAGAACUUUUCAAGGUUCACAAAAAAGAGUUAGGGUCACAGAUCAAGGGACUCGAUGCUUGUGCAACUUGUGGUCAGGUUGUGAAGAGUGGUUCCGAUUUGCGAGCUCAUUUGACAAGUCACGCUUUAGAAAAUCAUUUUCCCGUGCUUGGGAAGGCAGCACCGCUACAACAAAGUAACAGUUGGAUAAAAAAAUAAGUUCAGCGGAAUCAUCUAUCCUCACCUUGUUAGAAAAGUCGAACCUUUGGGGUUUGUCUGUUCUUGAAUUGAGAACUACAUUCAUCAGCCCUAUUUCUAGUCUGUCUAUUCCAAACUGGGUGAAAUUUCUAACAUCAUCAAUCAGACAUACUGUGAAAGCUUUUUGAUGUAACUGUUUAUUAAACGUAUGGGCUGUGGAAAUCGACAAACUACAAAUUUUAUUCUACUCUAGACAUUUUGUAAAUGUAAAGCAACUGGUUGAACUUUUUUUUACUCUAAGCGCAUGUUAAGCUGUCUUGAUCUUAGCAAUAACUAUCUGAAAUUCGAGAUCAGAAUUUUCAACAAGCUCAAUAUUUCAAAAAAAAACCUUGGAAUAAAUGGAUAUGGACACUGCCAGCAAACAGAAUAUCAAUAUUCUUAUUUUAUCAACGGAAUUUACAGAUUAAAUAUAAUAUAUAUCUAUUACGGGCAAUAAAGCGAUGUUGAAAUUAUUUUUUUUUUCUUCUUUUGUUAGUUUUAUCUAAGUUUGUUUAAGGUUGAUUAGUUUGAAGAGCUAAAUGCGAAGUUUUGAUAAAUUUUGUGAACAAAUGUUACACCUGUACAUAAAUAAUACCUAUUAAUAGUUCAGAUAAUUUCCGUAAUGAUGUAAUGAUAUAUGAACAUACAGUAAUAUUAAUACAUCAAUAAAACGAAAAAAUUACACUAGGGUAACAUGAGAACGAAGAAUAUUUGAUACGUUGUUGGAGAACUCUAUGUUGUACUAAGAAAAUGUACCGUAAAUGUUUUGUACAAUAAUAAAGUUAUAAAAUGAACAAGAAA